AUGGAAAAAUCACCAACAGCAAGCCUGGGCGUAAUAGAAAACGCCCCGAACGGCGACCCGACCUUCCACGAUGUCGACGUCAGAGCACUGGACGGAGGAUCGUCAGACCUUCUGAAGAACCAAAAUCAGGUUAAGAGAGGGCUGAAAAGUCGGCAUAUUCAGUUCCUUGCCCUCGGUGGCGCUAUCGGUACUGGACUCUUCGUCGGCUCCGGUGUGAUUCUCUCCACCCUCGGACCCGCGCCCCUCUUCAUGGGCUACAUCUCCAUGAUGAUCGUCGUUUGGAACGUUAUGAACAAUCUGGCCGAGAUGGCAACCUACCUCCCCCUCAAGGGUGUCUCGGUCCCCUAUUUUGUCCAGCGAUUCGUCGAGCCUAGCUUGGGCUUCGCCUGCGGCUGGAAUUACUGGUACGCCUACGCCAUGCUUAUCGGAGCCGAAGCGUCGGCCGGCUCCAUUCUCCUCGAUUACUGGAACUCUCCCGUGCCGGCUGCCGUGUGGAUCACCAUUAUCCUGCUCGUGAUACUGGGCCUUAACAUUUUUGGCGUCGCCAUUUUUGGAGAAGCCGAGUUUUGGUUCGCCAGUAUCAAAUUCAUUACCAUCAUGGGACUCAUCCUCGUUAGUAUCGUCAUCAUGUGCGGUGGCGCGCCUAAUGGAGACGCGGUCGGGUUCCGAUACUGGAAUGACCCGGGAGCGUUCAAGGAGUACAUGGCCCCGGGGUCGACUGGUCGCUUCCUCGCCUACUGGAGCGGUUUCGCCCGUGCUGGUUUCGCCUUCAUCACAUCUCCCGAGCUGCUUGCGCUCGCUGCUGGUGAGACUGUGUCUCCUCGACGAAAUAUUCCCAAGGCCGCUGGACGUUUUGUCUGGCGUCUCGCCAUUUUCUACGGCCUCGGAUCUCUCAUGAUCGGAUGCAUCACCCCCUCCAACGACCCCAACCUACUGAACCCCGAGUCCAACGCCAACUCGUCCCCAUGGGUUCUCGGCAUUCAGCGUGCCGGUAUUGGCGCUUUGAACCACAUCAUCAACGCCGCCAUUCUAACUUCCGCCUGGAGCGCCGGAAACGCAUUUUUGUAUUCCGGCAGCCGUAUCCUCUACUCCCUCGCCCUCAACGGCCAGGCGCCGAAAUUCUGCGCCCGCACCGACAAGCGAGGUGUUCCCUACGUCGCCGUCCUCCUCACCUGGUCCAUCGGCCUGCUGAGCUACCUCAACGUCGACAACAACGCCGCCAAGGUCUUCAACUGGUUCAUGAACAUUAGCACCAUUAGCGGCUACAUUGCCUGGAUCGUCGUCAUGAUCACCUUCAUCCGUUGGCGCAAGGCCAUGGUGUUCCACGGCAUGAUGGACCGCCGGCCUUACAAGACGCGCUUCCAACCCUACGCGACGUACUUUUUCCUAUUUCUCCUGACUCUCUUGACCUUGACGAAUGGUUUCCAAAUCUUCUGGCCGUCCAAGUUCAACGCGGCGGAUUUCCUGGCGGCGUACAUCACCAUCCCCGCCUUCUUCAUCCUUUACAUCGGGCACAAGAUCUGGUUUAAGACGCCCCUGGCACGUCAGAUUGAGGAUGUUGACGUUGUUACAGGCGUCAAGGAGAUGGAGGAGCUUGCUGACAUGGAUGAGGAGCGCAAGCCGAAGAACAUAUGGCAAAAGAUUUGGUAUUGGGUUGCGUAG